CACUUUGAGAUUAAAUGAACACAGUGACAAGAUGUUUCGCUUCGUUAGUGUCUUGUUAAUAUGUCUUGUCCUCUCUGCUCCAUCCACACCAUGCAACUCGAAAACCACCUCCGGCCAAAACCACAAUUCUUCAGUUUCAACAAUUAAAGAAUCCUACGACGCUAAAGCCACCAACAAGUCUUGCAACUACGGCAGAGGCAAAAUCAUCGACAUUGGCAUUACCAAAGGCAACUUCACCCCCAAAAUCCACGUUUGCUUCGACAACACCACCCACAGGACCUUCUGGACCAAACACUACCUAGGACGCACCAACACCAGCAACUCCACAGAUGGAAGAACCUCCUGGUCCAAAGACUUCUUCUACAAGUUUAACCCCGACAAAAUCUACAAGAAGGUGUCCAAUAACUCCGACAGAGGUCACUUGAGUCCUCGAGCCGAUUUCAACACCGACAUCGAAAGAAAAAUGACAUACUAUUACAUAAAUGCGGCUCCGCAAGCUAGCAAUCUGAAUCGGGGGAAGUGGAGAUGGAUCGAAGAAGAGGUGAGGGCGAGGGCCAACAAGGAGUCGAGUCCGGUGAAAGUUAUCACUGGGAGUGGAGGGGUUUUAUUUGCGUUUAAUAUGUACAAUUAUACUUAUCCGGAGUAUUUUUUCAAAAUUGUGGUUUUCAAAAAUGGGCAAAAUGAGGUUUUUGUGGGGGUGAAUAAUGCUACGGCGGCGGUGACGACGGAGAGUCCGUUUAAACAGUCUUUGUGUAAAAAUGUUAUUCCGUUUUGUGGGUGCUUUGGGUAUAGUGAGGGAAUAGUUUAUUGUUGUAAGCUUGAUAAGGAUCUUAUGCAACGUUUCGGGCUUGAAAAGGAUGAUGUUGAUUAUAAAGAACGAUGGUAGAAUAAAAAUGUUUGUUUGUUUUUGAUGAAUAGUUUUGCUUGACGCAAACAACAGAUAACGUUGUGUUUUGACUAAGAUAAAUAAAUAUUUGGAGUGGAAUGAGUUAUUGUUAUUGG